AUGGAGCAAACUAAACUCUCCACAGACACGGCUAAUAAAGUUAUCUUAUGCCGGGCAGCCAUUGCCUGGAACAUAAAUGCUCCCCUGUCCAUAGAACUACUUGAAGUUGAUCCACCAAAGGCUUGUGAGGUUCGAAUUAAGAUUCUGUCUUCUGGGAUCUGUGGUACCGAUCUGCAUGCCUUGGAAGGGAGAAACAUAGUACCUGUUCUGGUUUUGGGCCACGAGGGAGCUGGAAUCGUGGAGAGUGUUGGAGAAGGUAUAACCUCUGUGAAACCAAGUAAAUAAAGUUUUACUUUGCCUCUUCCACAGUGCAGAGAAUGCUGCUUCUGCUUGCACCCCAAGGGCAACGUUUGUGUGAAGGAAGAUAUGCUUUCUCCAACUGGAUUCGUGUUAGACGGGGCCAGCAGGUUUACCUGCAGAGGACAGAAGAUUCACCAUCUUUAUGGCACUAGCACCUUCGCUGAAUAUACUGUUGUGCAUGAAAUUGCAGUGGUGAAAAUUGAUGCUGCUGCUCCAAUGGAUAAAGUCUGUAUCAUAAGCUGUGAGGUGCCUCCGGGCUUCGGAGCCGUGUUUAACACUGCAAAGGUCACCCCUGGUUCCACCUGCAUUGUCUUUGGACUUGGAGGAAUCGGCUCAGCCAUUGUCACGGCGUGCAAAGCCUCUGGUGCUUCUAGGAUCAUCGGGGUUGACAUCAACGAGACGAAAUUUCCCAGGGCAAAAGCAUUAGGAGUCACUGAUUGUCUCAACCCUCAGAACCUCAAGAAGCCUGUUCAGCAGGUGGUAGUAGAAAUGACAGGCUUUGGUGUCGACUUUGCCUUUGAGGCCAUCGGACUCACUGAUACCAUGGUAUGUGCCUUGCACUGUUGCGGCUUUGGCGUCUGCCUGAUUAUGGGAGUAGCCCCCAGAGGUGAACAACUCUCGUUUGACCCACUGAUGAUUAACUCUGGGAGAACCCUGAAAGGCAGCAUUUUGGGAGAGUACAAAAGCAGAGAUUGCAUUCUGAAACUUGUAACUGGCUAUAUGCAAAAAAAGAUCAACAUAGAUCCACUUAUAACGCAUACGUUCCCAUUUGAAGAAAUAAACAAGGCAUUUGAAGUGCUACAGAAUGAAAAUUGUAUCCGCUGUGUCCUCUUGUUUUGA